GGCCCCAUAGUAUAGCGCCGUCAGAGGAUUACUCAUGAGGACAUGGACUUUACACUAUUUCUGAUAUCUACUGCUUUACGACUCUCACUUCUGAGCUUUAAUUCUCAAAUCACUGCCCAAACUGACGGAGAAGCUCCAGUGAGACUUUCUGGUGGAGACACUGAAUGUGAAGGGUUAAUAGAAGUGUUACAUCAAGGAGAAUGGAGAGGAGUGCCUUUUACAUCUAUGUACAACAAAGACAAUGCCGCUGUGGUUUGUAGAGAGCUGCGAUGCGUCACCCCAAAUGUACAACAUUAUGUGACCCGAGGAAAUAUAUUUGUGAAUGAUGUCAAGAGGACGGUGGAUCUACUAUGUACAGGAGAAGAAACAUCUGUGUCACAAUGUACAGAAUAUCCAGACAACGAUGUAUAUAAUACUGUAGAUAUGAUGGGAGUGAGAUGUUCAGGUAAAGAAGGAUCGGUGAGGCUGACGGGUGGAGAUGACCACUGUACAGGAAGACUGGAGAUCCUCACUAAUAAUACAUGGAGCAGAGCUCUCACUGACCAAUGGGGCAUGAAUGAGGCUCAGGUUGUGUGCAGAGAAUUACAUUGUGGGGGUGCAGUCGGUACAUUUAAUAUCACAACCCCAACAACAACCAAUGGUCAUGUGUAUGUCAGUGGAAAGUGUCAAGGAAAUGAGACCCAACUGAUGGAUUGUCCUGAUAGUAGAUCAUCUGAUAUAAAGACAUGGACUGGCCAGGAAGAGGAGAUAGAAGUCGUCUGCUCAGAACGUAAACACUUAAGAUUGAUUAAUGGUCCUGACCGAUGUGCUGGAAGAGUGGAGAUUUAUCAUAAUGGAAGAUGGGGGACCAUCUGUGAUGACUCCUGGGAUAAAGCAGAUGCAGAUGUGGUUUGUAAGCAGCUGGGUUGUGGUUCUGCUGUCAGAGCUACAAGAGAAGCCUAUUAUGGGAGAGGAACUGGGGACAUCUGGCUGGAUGAUGUAGAAUGUGAAGGAAAUGAAACACACAUCUGGAAAUGUCCUUUCCUGCAGUUUGGUGUCCAUAACUGUGAUCAUGAUGAAGAUGCUGGUGUACUAUGCUCAGGUCACAGAGAAUACAGACUAGCCGAUGGUCCCACUACUUGCUCAGGACAUUUAGAAGCCCUCCAUGGUGAUACUUGGGGAUCGGUUUGUGAGAUUGACCAGGACUUUAGAGCUGCCAAUGUACUUUGUAAAGAACUUGGAUGUGGAGAAGCAGUGCCAUCAUUAGUCACCUAUACAAGAAGACCUAGACAGAUAUGGACAGAACAAAUCCAUUGUGUUGGUAAUGAGUCCAGACUGUUUGACUGUUUAAGAGAACCUGGGGUAGAAGGAAACUGCACCAAGCCAAGUCCUCCCUCCAUCCAGUGCAAAGGCUUAUUUACCAGCUAUAGACUUGUGGACAGCGGUGAUAACUGUUCUGGGAGAGUGGUGGUGUUAUAUGGAGGACAAUGGAUGCCGGUGUGCAGCUCUCACUGGAGUCUACGAGAGGCUAAUGUUCUCUGCAGGCAAAUGAAAUGUGGAACUGCUGUCUCUAUUCCAGGUGGAGGAAAUUUUGGGAAAUCUAAUGAUACUACCACAUAUAGAUUCCAUUGUACAGGUACAGAAUACCACCUGGAGGACUGUGAUAUAACUGCACUUGGAAAUAGUAAAUGUCCAUCCUGGGAUACUGCUGGAGUUAUAUGCACAGGAGAAAAGGAGAUGAUGCGGCUGAUGGGUGGAGAGGACCACUGUGCAGGAAGACUGGAGAUCCUCGUUAAUAAUACAUGGAGCAGAGCUUUCACUGACCAAUGGGGCAUGAAUGAGGCUCAGGUUGUGUGCAGAGAAUUACAUUGUGGGGAUGCAGUCGGUUCAUUUAAUAUUACAGCCCCAACAACAACCAAUGGUCAUGUGUAUGUCAGUGGAAAUUGUCAAGGAAAUGAGUUCCAACUGAUUGAUUGUACUGAUACUGAAUCUUCUGACAUAAGGACAUGGACUGGCCAAGAAAAGGAGAUAGAAGUCAUCUGCUCAGAAAGUAAGCAGCUGAGACUGGUAAAUGGCUCUGGUCGAUGUGCUGGAAGAGUGGAGAUUUAUCAUAAUGGAAGAUGGGGGACGAUCUGUGAUGACUCCUGGGAUGAAGCAGAUGCAGAUGUGGUUUGUAAGCAGCUGGGUUGUGGUUCUGCUGUCAGAGCUGCAAGAGAAGCCUAUUAUGGAAGCGGAACUGGGGACAUCUGGCUGGAUGAGGUAGAAUGUGAAGGAAAUGAAACACACAUCUUGAAGUGUCCUUCAAAGACGUUUGGUGACCAUGACUGUGGUCAUAAAGAGGAUGCAGGUGUCAUAUGCUCAGAAUUCUUGGAUAUCCGCUUGGUUAAAGGAAAACAUGAAUGUGAAGGUUGGCUGGAAGUUUAUUAUAAUGGAAGUUGGAGAUCAGUGUGUAAUAAUGUUAUGCCAGUUUUGUCAGUCUCUGUUAUCUGCAAACAUCUGAACUGUGGUUUAAAAGGACAAGUGGAUGCAAGAUAUGGUAUUAGAAGUAUUAGAAGAAGACCCUUCUGGGUGGAUCAUAUUGACUGCACCAAGCAUAGUAAACUGUUAUGGGAAUGUUCAUCAUCUCCAUGGAAUAUAGGAUCCUGCCGUGAUGUAGACCUUGCUUAUAUAAUAUGUGAGGAAACCACAAAACCAGCUCCGAGGAGCCCAACAUAUCAGCCGUGCCCAGAUAAUACCACAAUUUGUCUCAUCGGAGGAGAGAACAACUGCGCAGGACGAGUGGAAGUGCGUUUCCAGGAACAGUGGGGAACAAUCUGUGAUGAUGGGUGGGAUAUGAAGGAUGCAGAAGUCGUCUGUAGACAGAUAGGAUGCGGCUCAGCUAUUAACGCUACUACAGAGGCCAUGUUUGGAAAAGGAACCGGUCCUAUAUGGCUGAGUGAGGUGCAAUGUAAAGGAUAUGAGCGAGAUCUAGAGGAUUGCUGCUCUGAACGCUGGAAUAAAAGCGAUUGUCUCCGCAAAGAAGAUGCUGGAGUCAUAUGUCAUGGUCAUGAAGACCUGAAGAAUAUUACUCCUACUGUACCGACCAGAAAGAGAGCCCAACUUACCACACCACAACCUACCUCUCCUAUCUCCAAUGUGUUCCUUAUCAUCUCCAUUAUUUUUCUGCUCCUUCUCGGAAUUGCCGUCAUUACAAUAGUAUACUUGUUAAGACAAUCCAAGGGGUAUAAGAAAGUCCUCAGAAACAUCAGUUCGGUUUCUUUCCAUGAUCCGGUGUAUGAAGAAAUUGAUUUUAGGUUAAUGGAGAAAAACCAGAACUUGUCCCAAAAAUCAGUUGACCUCAGUGAUCUUGGAGAGAAGCUGGAAUACUAUACAUCUGAAGAAAGGCUUCAUCAAGGAGCUGACAGUGACAGGAUUCCUUCAUAUGAUGAUGUAGAUGUCAUACAUGAUGGAGAACAUUUACCAGGUUUCCCUCUGGAGAAAAAUACUUCAGAAUAUGGUUAUGAUGACACUGGAUUAUCCUAUGAGAACCUCGACAAGGACAACCCAACAACUGUAUCUGAGAGACAUGGAGAAGAACAUGGAUAUGACGAUGUGGAUCUUAAUGAUUUCACUCAUCCUUUGAACCCUGAAGAAACACUCGAAGCACAUGACAGCAAAGACGAGUUGGGACCAUCUUGGGAAGACUUCACUGACAAACAUGAUGAUCAAAAGGCUUCCAUAUCCGACAAUCAAGACAAAGUUCCUCUCCCUGUUGACUAAGAAUAUGAUUAAUCUACGUCUACAUGAUAAAGAUGUAUCACUG